AAGUAAUAUUACAGCUGUAAUCUGGAAUGUUAAUUUGAAUUUUUAAUUUAUCCUUCACCAGAACAUAAACAUGAUGAUUUUUUCACUUCAAGUUAUGAAAUUUAAAAUUAAAAGACGAAAUCGUAAAAUUUGUACAAUGAAGUUUGAUGAAAUAACGUGCUGAGUUUAAAAAUUAAUGAAACUUAUUAACAAUAUUAAUGAAAGUGAAAAAACAACUGAAAACAUGAACGUUUGGAAUCGAAUUUUGAUUGUUUCCUGUAAGAAAAUGUAGUACAGAUAAUUUAUUAGUAAUUUAUCACUAAUCGAAUUUGUGUGCGAUGGAAGAGAACCGGCCGUUGCCUAUGUUCCGUUGCGAACAGAUUGAAAGUAAGAAGUUAGCGAAAGCUUGGCGAGAAUGGAAAGGCUCGUUAGAGUAUUAUUUUGAUUCUUAUGAGAUUAAUGACCAGAAGAUCAAGCGGUCUAAAAUGCUUCAUCUUGGAGGACCGCAACUCCAGAAAGUUUUUAGAAGUUUGGAAGGUACGGAGGAUUUUCCUGUUGUCUUGCUUGAGAAAAGAUACUACGAUCUAGCUAUCGAAAGAUUGGAUACUUAUUUUAAGCCUCGUAGUCAAGACGUUCUUGAGCGGCACAUUCUACGUAAUAUGAAACAGGGCGCCGAAGAACGUUUUUCUCAUUUUGUCUUACGUUUGCGACAGCAGCUAAAUGACUGUGGUUUGGAGAAAUUUACUGACGAAGCUCGAAGCAUUGUUGAAGAGCUUAUGAUUAUUGAUGUGAUUGUAGAAGGCUGCAAUUCACAGGAAUUAAAACGUAAGAUUUUAGAGAAAGAUCGAUCCCUAGCUGAUAUCGAGGCGUUGGGUGAGUCACUGGAGAGCGUUAACAUCCAGGAGAAAGAGAUGAAGGUUGGCUCUAAGACCGAAGUAGCUGGACAAUCUGAAAUCUGCAAAAUCAAAUCCGAAAAAUCAACAUCUGAUCGGCGUCAAGAAAGAUUUGCGAAACGUUUUGUUCCGCGCCAAAACAAAACGGUUGAGAAUAAAUCUGGAGUUAUUUGCUACGCAUGUGGUCGAUACAGUCACAUUUCAACAGCCUCAGAAUGUCUUGCGAAAGGACAACAAUGUCGUAAAUGUCAGAAAAUGGGACAUUUUGAAAACGUCUGCCGUAAACGUUCGUUGUACACGAAGGGUAAAUCACCGCCGAAAAAAGUCCAAGCCAUCGAGGAUGUGAGUGUGCCAAAUGAUGGAGCGCAAGUAGAAUCCGAAAAUAGCAACAAAGUCUACUACACUUUCUACACAGGGAGUCAGGCCAACGUGUUCAAUUGUAAAAUUGGUGGCACAAUGGUGGAAGUUUUCAUCGACUCGGGUUCUGAAGUGAACUUGAUAACAACAGAAACGUGGGAACAAAUGAAAUCCCACCAGGUCGUCGUGUCUAACUGCAAGAAGGGAAGUGACAAAAUUUUGAAAGCCUAUGGUAGUACGGAUCCGCUCCAUAUUUUGGGCACGUUCGAAGCAGUGGUUGAAAUAGGAAAUAAAUCAACUGAUGCGAUUUUCUUCGUCGUUGACGGUGGUCAACGAAACUUACUGGGAGACGCUACAUCGAAGACUUUGGGCAUCCUUAAGAUCGGUCUUGAAGUUAAAGCAAUCACGGAAACUGAAAAAAUUAAACUUGCUCCGUUCCCCAAAAUUUCUGGCGUGAAAGUUCGUAUACAGAUGGAUCCCAAUGUAAAACCGGUGUUCCAACCUCUGCGGCGGGUACCGAUCCCUCUUGAGACCGCCAUUAACGAGAAAUUGGAGGAGCUUCUGAGGCGUGAUAUCAUCGAGGUUAAACGUGGCCCUGCGACUUGGGUUUCCCCGCUAGUGGUAGCUACGAAAGCUAACGGUACAAUUAGAUUGUGUGUCGAUCUGAGACGUGUGAAUCAGGCAGUCGUUCGAGACCGUCACCCAAUGCCGGUAAUUGAGGAAGUAAUUGCUAAAAUCGGAAAAGGUAGAAUUUGGAGCGUCUUAGAUGUGAUGGAUGCAUUCUUCCUAUUGGAGCUGGAUGAAGAAUCUAGAGAUAUUAUGACAUUCAUCACCCACCGUGGAUUGUACAGAUUCAAACGUUUGCCUUUUGGGCUUGUUUCCGCACCGGAAAUUUACCAGCGGACAAUGGACGAGAUUCUAGCAGACUGCGAGGGUACAUACUGGUAUCUCGAUGAUGUUGGUAUUGAGGGCAGUACUAUGGAAGAACAUGAUGCCAGAUUGGAGAAGGUUCUUCAGAGGUUCAAGGAAAGGGGAGUUGUCCUCAACUGGGCGAAAUGUAAAUUUCGCGUUUCUGAAUUUGAGUUCCUCGGUUAUAAAAUAGCUCUACAAGGUAUAACACCAUCUGAUGUCAAACGCGAUGCACUAGCGACUUUCCGCCGUCCAGUCAAUGAGAGCGAGGUCAGGAGCUUCUUAGGCUUGGCAAAUUACAUGGGGAAAUUCAUUCCAAACUUAGCAGAACUUGAUGAACCGCUCAGGAGGUUGAUUCAGAAAGGAAUUAAGUUUCAGUGGGGAGCAGCUGAAGAAAAAGCAUUUAUUGAUAUAAAAUCUUCGCUUUCGCGGGCAAGCUGCCUUGGAUUCUUCAACUCGAAAGAUGAUACCUCAGUGUUCGCGGACGCUAGUCCAGUCGCUUUAGGGGCGGUUCUUGUCCAAACAAAUGGAAAGCAGGAGGCUAGAGUUAUCUGCUACGCUUCAAAAUCGCUCACGGAGACAGAGAGGAGAUACUGCCAGACCGAGAAGGAAGCCCUGUCGUUAGUUUGGAGCGUUGAAAAAUUCCAAAACUACCUGAUAGGUAGACAAUUUAAUCUAUUGACAGAUUGCAAAGCUCUGACUUUUUUAUUUGCCCCUACCUCCAAACCAUGUGCUCGCAUUGAACGUUGGGUACUACGGUUACAAAGCUUCCAGUAUAAAAUAAUUUACAUACCUGGUCACUGUAACAUUGCCGAUGUCUUAUCACGGUGGACCACGUUCACCCCACAAGCAUUCGAUGAAUCUGAGGAACUAAUAAUCAAGGAGAUAAUCUCAUCCGGAACGAAUACUUUUGCACUGACUUGGGCAGAAGUAGUUUCCGCCAGUCGUGUUGACCCGACAAUAACCCUUGUUAAAGAAGCCUUAACUACAGAUAAUUUCGAUAAUUUACCAUUAUGUUUCAAAGUUAUAUUGACUGAGUUGUGUUUUGUCGAUAAUGUUCUGCUCAGAGGUGAUCGUAUAGUAGUACCUAAUAAGUUGCAGCAGCGUAUUUUGCAGCUUGCCCAUGAGGGGCACCCAGGCAUCAGGAUGAUGAAAGCACAUCUGCGAGCGAAUGUAUGGUGGCCUAAGAUGGACCAACAUGUAGAAACUUUUGUAAAGGCCUGUCGUGGAUGUGUGCUUGUGUCCGCUCCUAACCCCCCAGAACCUAUGACUAGAAAAGAGCUACCAUCGCGUCCCUGGGAACACAUCGCGAUCGAUUUUCUGGGACCACUCCCCGAGGGGGAAAAUCUUUUAGUGUGUAUUGACUACUACAGUCGAUAUCUGGAGGUAAUCGAGAUGCAGGAGAUUACAACGAAAAGUGUCAUCAAACAGUUAUUAAUAUUAUUCUCUCGUUACGGCAUUCCAAGUUUUCUGCGAGCAGACAAUGGGCCUCAAUUUUCGUCAGAAGAAUUUCGUUCUUUCUGUGACGAACAGGGUAUCCAUCUAGAAAGUACAAUACCAUACUGGCCGCAAAUGAACGGCGAAGUGGAGCGCCAGAACCGUUCAAUCUUGAAACGCCUAAGAAUUUCGCAAGAGCUCGGGAAAGAUUGGCGAAAGGAAUUGUAUCAAUACCUUCUUACAUAUCAUUCAGCGAUCCAUCCUACGACAGGACGAUCGCCUGCUGAGUUGAUGUUGGGACGACGAUUGCGCUCAAAGCUGCCGGGUGUACCCUCUUUAGUCGGAAAUGAUGAAGAAGCGAGAGAUCAUGACAUGAUUGAGAAGGAAAAAGGAAGAUUGUACGCGGAUCAUCGUCGGAGAGCGCAGUACAGCGAAAUUGAGGUGGGAGAUCGAGUACUAGCCAAACGGAUGAGAAAAGAAAACAAGCUUAGUUCUGACUUCGCUCCGGAAGAAUUUGUGGUUAUGAAAAAGAAAGGGACCGAUGUCAUGAUUCGUUCAUCAUCAUCCGGGAAAGAAUUUAGAAGAAGUGCAGCACACCUAAAAGUCAUUCCUCACGAAUCAACGGAUGGUGAGACUUUAGAGUCUAUCCCUGUUCCGGACGAAGUACCCAUUGAAGAAUCCCCAAUAGUUUUGGACCAAACGCAAAACGAAAACCAAACUGAUGCUAGUAAGCCAACCCAGAGAUCAGUUAGGGUUAGGUCAGAACCAACUCGACUUAAAGAUUUCAUCACAUAUUAACG